AUGGAUGAAGAAGACCAAAUUGUUGACGUCUGGGCCCACAACCUAGAGGAGGAGUUUGAAAAAAUUCGAGAUGUUGUCGAAGUAUACCAAUAUGUAUCAACUGACACUGAGUUUCCCGGUGUCGUAGCUAAGCCCACAACCUAUAGGGAGGACUACAACUAUCAAACAGUAAAGUGCAAUGUGGAUAUGUUGAGAAUAAUACAAUUGGGGCUAUCCUUCGCUGAUGCUUCGGGAAACCCUCCGCCAAAAGUUUCAACUUGGCAAUUUAACUUCAAAUUUGACCUCAAAAGCGAUAUGUAUGCCCAAGAUUCUAUUGAGUUGCUAAAGGAGAGUGGUAUUGACUUUGAGUUGCAUCAGAGCCAAGGUAUUGACCUGGAGCAUUUUGGGGAGCUCAUAAUGUCUUCUGGAUUGGUGAUGAAUGAGGACAUUAUUUGGGUUUCCUUUCACGGUUGUUAUGAUUUUGCCUAUCUUCUCAAACUGCUCACGUGUAAGUCUUUGCCAUCCAAAGAAUCCGAGUUUUUUGACCUCCUAAAACACUUUUUUCCCACUUUGUACGAUAUAAAAUAUCUGCUUGAAAAGGCGUGCAUAAAUUUGGGCGGCAGAAACUCACUAAGUCGUAUAUCAGAAUAUCUAAAUGUGAAGCGAAUUGGGCCACAGCACCAAGCUGGCAGCGAUUCGUUGGUUACUUUAGGUACAUUUUUCAGGUUAAUGAACAAAUACUUCAAGGAUAAUAUGAAGGAUUGUAAGCAUCAGGGGGGGGUGAUAUACGGUCUGGGCAAGACUGCAUCCAUCCCUCACGUUCUGCAAUCCUCCGCAAACUCUGCCAACAGGGAUAAGGGAGAAGGACAGCAGAUUAGUUUUGACUCAGGGGUGGCAAAUGAUGAUGGUGUUUCUAAGUUACGACAAUUUGACCGCUUAAAUUUGCUGGAUUUUAGAAAUGAAUCAUCUACAGUCUCUUGGAGCCCAAUUUCGAAGGUCGUACAGCCUAGAUCCAUUGAUGAUAAAUUGGUUUUAGAUGGCACUUCGCAAUUGCAGGAUAACAAUCUCAAUUUGUACAAUAAUAUCUACACAUCGCGCAAUGUAUAUUCUCUAUGA